AUGGAUGGAUUACUCCUGAAAAUAUGCAUUUCAAUAGGACCUGAAUGCUUUUGUGUCACUCUGAUACUUAGUGGUCAUCUGGGAAUUGCUAGAUUGGUGGGCCCUUCACAUCACGCAUUACAGUUGCUGGUGCUCAAGGGUCCCAUACAUUCUUUCUUGGCCCUGGUAAACCCUAGUUCCCAGAUUGUUAAUCCUAUUAUGGCUGCAUCACUAAGGGAAGCUUCUGCCAAUCUGGAAGUUCUGGAGGCCAGUGAUGAGAAUAUAAGCCUACAAAAGAAGAUGGCAAUGCAAUGCAGCUUGGUGAAGAAUGAAGGAAAGAAGAAAUCUAAAUUUAAAGCCUUCAAGAAUUUUUUUGGCAAGAAGAAGAGAAAAGAGCCUGAAGGUAUCCAGAGAAGAGGAAGCAGCUUGAAACCAAGCUCGUCCAACAGCAGCAUCAACAGCUCUUCUCUGAAUCUGGUUCAGGAAGGUCAACAAUCUACAUUUAGGGUCAGGGGAAACAUGAGCAAAUCCCUGUCCCAUGAAAGCGUCUUCAGGUCGAAAUCUGAGCUUGAAAGUCCAGAACAUAAAAUAUACCCCUCUCCAGAGCCCCAGAGUGGCAGAUCUCUGAAGAGAGCUCAUAUUUCCAGAACUCUGUCUAUCACUAGUAGUGUGCAUAGACCUGUUUCUGGAACUCUGCUUGGAGUUAUACCCCAUUACGUGCACAGAAGUGGAAUCUGGAUUGGAGGCUCCAAGAUCACUGAGAUUCCACCACUGCGCUCAUGCCAGCCCAUCAACCCAACCCUGAUACGAGCUGACACAAUCCCUAAGGACUUUGAAGAAAUCUCUGCUGCUGCUGAGUCACCUAAGACCCCACAAAAGGCUUUUCCACCGAUGUUGACAAUGGAGAAGAGCUCCUUUGAGCCCUCAUCUAUACCCAUGCGUGCACAGUCCUUGACAACAUUUGCCACGCUCACCUCUCCCAGCAGUCCCCAGCUAUCCGUUAGUUUCAGCACCCCAGCUACCACCCAGGGCUGUUUGGAUUCUUCAGCUGCUCGACACAAGAUGGCUUUAAACCCCCGAAAACAAAAGAAGUACCUUCAAGCGACUGUAAGGGGUCUCUGGUGGACCUGAGAGAAUUUCCUUGUGGUUUUAGAGAGAUCUCUGCAGCAUAUCUCUAAGAGAUUAGACACUUCAAAGGUAGGUGAACCACUUCCAAUAGCAGAGCCAUUUGGAUAUCAGAGAUGUUUUUUCCUGAUUUUUCCCCCUUUGAUCAAGCCAAAGCAGGAAGAGCCAGGCCUCCCACUGGUUUCUGAAGAGAAAGCCAAACCAAAAGCAGUUACCCAAAAGAAGCUGAAAGACAGUGCAGGCCCCUCAAUUCAGGAACAGAGCAUCAAAACUGAGAUUUAUAAGACAACAGACCAGGCUGCAAAUGCAGAUGCUGUUGAGAGUCCAGACUACUCAUGGCCAGCAGCAUAUGGGAGACAGUGUGGAAAAAAAGAAUCAAGUGCUUCAGAAAAGAAUGAGUGUGGAUCCAAAGCAUGCGGCUUUAUACAACCUAGUCGAAGGCCUGGCUUAGGUAAUAGAGCUGGGUACUCAUCUGCUGACAAGAUUGCCAGGGAUAGCCCUUUCUGGCGCUUUUCCUUGGAGAGACAAGUCGUGAAGCAGCCCAGAGCUCCACAAGUAGAAACCACUACUCCUCAUGAGUUUCUUUCAGAUGAAAAUGACAUGGGAAGGAGAAUGGCUGGUUUAGAUUUUAAAACAGGAAAAGCAUCGUUAUCAUGUCUCAGACCUAAAGACAUGAAAGAGUCCAUGGCUAGUGGUCCAUCACAAUACCACGAAGAUGGAACUAAGAAGUCAGAAGCCGUAACUUCUCUUUCAUCAGUGGUGGAAAACCCUUAUACAAGCCAAGAAGUUAUCAUGUUUUCAGUGACAGAGAAGGCUCAGGUGUGUAUGGAUCCUUCUCAUAUUCAGUCAGAAGAGGAUGCUUCCAGCUUUGAUUCAAAAAAUGACCAAUUUGAAAUGAAGUCAGCUCAAGAUAACUCAACUAUCUAUAAAGAAACACCUUCUGGAAAUGUCAUUCAGGCCUUUCCAGCAAGUGUUUUGGACAUGGCAAGUGCUUUGCCAGAGGGAGGAAUUUCUGUAAAGAGGAUGCCUCCCAGAAGCCUUUCCCAAUCUUUGGAGAAGCCAGAAGCUGAAGAAGUCUCCUCAUAUUCAGAUAUUGUUUCAGGGGUGGAAAGUGGUUCUGAUCAGCAGCUGACUCCUGGAUAUGUUUUCCAGUCUUCAAGGAAGCCCAAAGAUGAAGAAUUAUUCUCAGAUUCAGAGAGUGCUUCUUCAGAGGAGGGCAAUGGUUCUGAACAGAAGCUGGAUCCCGAAUAUUCUUUCCAGUCCAUGAUGAAGUCCAAAGAUGAUCAAGAAACCUUCCCAGAUUCUAACAGUUUUCUUGGGAACUUAUGCAGUUCUCAUGAACAGCUGGCUCCCAGAUGUGCUUCCCAGGCUUUGGAGGAGCCUGAAGACAAAGUGCCCACAGAAUCAAAUAGGAAUUCUCAAAAAUACAGUAAUCCUUAUGAUUGGAGCAGUUUUGAGGAAGACAUGCCUCCCAGACAUCCUUCCCCAGCCUUGGGGACGCCCACAGCCCAACAGGAAAUCUCAGUUUCAAAGAAUACAUUUGAGGAUGAGUUGGUUGUAUCUGUGGAGCAGACUCCUCCCAGACACCUUCCUCAGCCCUCUGUGAAGCCAUCUGUUCAGCAGCAACUCUCCUCAGGUUCAGCAAAUGCUUUUUCAGAUUGGGUGUCAACGCCUCCCAUGAACUUUUCCCAUCACUGGCUGAGCCCUAAAUCCGAGGAAGAAGCCUCUGCAGGUCAAGAAAAUAUUGCUCUUGAGUGGGGCAUUUUUAUGGAGCCGCUGCCUCCCCGAGUGCAUUCAAGGCGCCUGAUGAAGCGUAAAGUUGAGCAACCAAUCUCCUCAGGGUCAGAAAUUGCUACUAUUGAAGGGAUCAUGUCUACAGAGCUGACGCCUUCAAGAAAUAAUUCUCAACCCCCAGUGAAACCAAUAGCUGAACAAGAAAUCUCUGCAGGUCCAGAGAGCACAGCUGUUAAGGGGAGCAUUUCUAUGGAGCCUCCUUUUCCUAACGUUUUUGCCCAGCCCAUAAUGAACCCAAAAGUUGAACAAAAUGUGUUCUUAGGUUCAGAGGGUGCUGAUAAGGCCAUUUUAGUGGAGCUAACACUCCCUGAAUGCUCAACAAAUCCUCAAGACCAGCAUGUCUUCUCAGAGAACACUGCUGAUAAUAAGGACAUGUUUGUGGAAUCCCUGCCUCCAGACUACCCUGUCCAGACAUUGGCGAAGCUUAACUUCCAGCCACAGACUAUUUCCAGCGACCCAGGGAGUGCUUCCACAGAAUGGAGUGAUCCUGUGGAGCUGAUGCCUCCCAGACACACAAUGGGCUCCUGGGUGAGCACCAGCUUUGAACAACCCUCUGCAAGUCCAGAGAGCACUGCUGUGGAGUGGGGAAACCCUACAGAGCCACUGCUUCCCAAAAUGCUUUCUCAGUCCCUAAGGAGACCAGUUGCUGAGCAAGAAGUCUUCUCAGGUUCGAUGAGCGCUUCUGAAGAAUGGAGUGGUCUUGUGCAGCCGAAGUCUUCUCUAUACACUUUGCAGCACUGGGUGAGCCCUAAAUUUGAGCAACAAACCAAUGAAGGUCCAGAGCCUUCACAGUGUAGCAUGAAAUCAGUAGUCAACCAACCAAUCUCUGCAGGUCUAAAGAGUGUUGCCAUUGAGGGGGACACUUCUACAGAGAUGCUGCCUCCCAGACAUUGGUCCAUUGUGAGACAUAAAAUCCAGAAAAUGAUGCCAACUUCUGAGAAUGCUGUUGUUGGGUGCAUUUCUGAGAGGCCACUGCCUAUCGAAUAUCCCACCCACUUCUCAAAGCCUAGCAUUCAAGAAAUAUCCUUACAUCCAGAGAACACUGCUGUUGAAGGAGGCAUGUCUAAGAAAUCACUACAUCCCAAGUGUCCUCAGUCAUUUGUGAAAUGUAUGGCACAGCAUGUCUUUUCAGAGAGCCCUGAUAUGGAGGAGCAGGUUUAUGUGGAUCCUCUGUCUUCUAAUCAACCUUCCAAAUAUUUGUUGAAGCCUACAGUUGAGCACCAAGUUUUCUCAGGUUGUGAGAGUGCUGAUAUUGAGGGAGACAUUUCUUCAAAGGUGGUGCCUGCAAAAUGCCCUUUACAGUCCUCGGGGAGGCUUGAAGACCCACAAGGAGUUUUCUCAUAUUCAGAAAAUGCUCCUGUUAAGUGUAGCUAUCCCCAAGAGCAGCUGCAUCCUGGAUACCUUUCCCAGGCAUGGGGGAAGAUUAAGUAUGAGCAAGAAGUCUCCACAGUUUCUGAGAGCUCUCUUAAAGAAUGGAAGAGUUCUGAAGAGCAGCUGCCUUCCAGAUGCCCUAUCCAAGCUGAGGAUGGGGGUGAAUUCCAGCCACAGAUGUCCUCAUCAGGCUCAGUCAGUGUACCUGUAGAGAGGAGCAGUGCUGAGAAUCGGCUGCCUCCCAGACACCCUUUUCAGGCUUUUGCAGACCCUCAAUAUAAGCAACAAGUUUAUUCAAGUUCCAUGAGUACUGCUGCCAAGGGAAUCAUUGUUGAGCGCAAUCCUAGCGGCCAGGCCCUCCCAAGAGGUCCAGCUUCUCCAAGCAAAACUAGGGGACACAGCCAAGACUCUGAAGACCUCUUUAAGAACAUUUUGACUCCUGAUACCAAAUCUGUGAAGUUCGCCCUUGAUCCUGCCUGGCCACCAUCCACUUCUGGGGACACUUACACUAAGGAGGAUGUUCUCGAGAGUAGUGAUCAAAAUAAUGACUAUUCAAAUUUAUCCAACAGUGAGGCUGAUGUUGAAAACCUCUUUGGAGUUCAACUGAAGAGAAUCCCUUCCUCAGAGAAGUACAAGAGUGAGGAACAAAACCAUUCUACCAAGCUUCCUUCACUCUCCUUAGGCCCAGUUUCAUCUUACACAGACAGAGAACCACAAAUCAUAAGUGCUUCCCAAGGGCUCCUGGGCAUCUCCAAGAACCUUACCACAACAUCUGACAUUGCAGAGAAGCAACAGAGCAAGCCCCAAUCUGAUAGCAUGCUCAAGAAGAAACCUGAUUACAAGAUCCCAGGGAAGGCUCCUGGUAAACUAUCAGGUUAUGCCACCUUAGACCCAUCUUGGAUAACCAGGGUCAAGCAGAAGCAGAAGAAUUCCCUGACCCAGCUUCCUACGCAAGAGCUGAAUAGAGCUGCAGCAAAGGCUGACAUCAAGGUGCCUACAUAUGAGGGAGCUGACCUUGCAAAACAAAGCCAACAAAGAGAGAUUUCCACUUCCAAUGUCGAUGGACAGGAGAAGAAGGCACAGAUGAAGUUACCUGACUCCAUCAAAGCAGCAGGAUAUGAAAAUGAGAAGAUAAUUCAAGUGCUUGCCAUGAGAAAAGAAACCAGAAAACCUUCAGCUGACCCAGCCAUGUUCCAAGAGCCAGAUGAGCCAAUUUGGUUCUCCAUGGCCAAGGAGAAAGCCAAAGCAUGGAGCCAUAUAACAGAAACCAUGUAAUAAAUAGCUCCUGGGUGGAGCAUCAGCAUUUCAAAUGAUAAUUGCCAAGAGCUUUAUUAAUGCUAUGCACUGAAUUAUUUAGAUAUGUAACCAUUUUCUAAUAAGCAAAAAGCCUUAUAAUGGUAAUUAAAGCUAAUAAUUAUGUGAGCGAGACAAAUGCCACAAAUGCCUGAUGUUUAGUUCAGCCAUUGCCAGCAUCUGAAAAUCCAGCAUUUCCUCUAUAAAAACUAUGUAAAAUAUUUGCGGUACUAUAGAAUUUUGAAAUCUUUAAUGUUGGACAUGGUGUUUCAGAAGGGCAAAAGCAAAAACAUUUUGUUGGAGCAACUAAGAUAGGGGUCAUUUCCCUUAAUCAAAUAAAUUAAUUCUAGUGGAAAUGUCCAGAUCAUUUGGCCCAAGGAUUGGCUUUUAGGUUUAUGAGCCUAGUUAAGUACUUUAGUUUUUGGUUGCUGCUCUAAGCUUUACCAAGGCCCCUAGAAGAGGUGGUGGAAGUGAAAAUCCUGGGUCUCCAAGAAAAAUUUUGCACAGCUCACCCCUCAGUCAGCACAUUGCCCUUUAAAACACCUUUGUAUACCUGGGAAAUCUCAAUGCCUGCAAUUUAUUCAGAGCUCUCUCUUUACACAUUCACCAUAUCAAUUUGUCACAGGUCUGGCAGCAGUGAGUACCUUCCUGUGAGGCAGAAUAUUUCUUGGAGAUUAUCAUGCUCCUCUGGAUGGUUAGUUCACCAGUCUUUGACUGCUUUCCCCAGUGCCACUGCGACCCUCUCCAGUUGCUCAGAAGUGUACUAGAUAUCAUAUAUAUCCUGUUUGUUGUUGUUGUUAAUCCUCAACCAAGGAUAUUUUCCAUUGAUUUUUUUAGAGA